AGCAGCCUGCAUGUUCAUUAGCAUUCUUUCUCUUGAGAGAACAUGUCUGUUACUCUUAGCCAGGUAACAUAUAAAGAGGGAAAAGUUUUGUGAAAAAUGUUAAUGACUUUAGUAAUAUGGCAUUGAAUAUAAACCUCCUGCUUUCAGAUCACAACCCUCUGUCUGGUGCAUCCCUCUGCAGCAACAAUGGCCUUGAUGAAAAAUCAGACUCGUAUCUCCCACUUCAUCCUCCUGGGCCUCUUCAACCACACACCACUGCACCUCCUCCUCUUCUCCACCAUCAUGGUCAUGUUUCUGGUGGCCCUCUCUGGCAACGGGCUCAUGAUCCUCCUCAUCAACACUGACUCCCGUCUACACAGUCCCAUGUACUUCUUCCUCGGCUGGCUGUCACUCAUGGACCUCAUACUCAUCUCCACCAUUGUACCACGCAUGGCCAUCGACUACCUCUUGGGCCAUGGCUCCAUCUCCUUCACAGGCUGUGGGUUCCAGAUCCUCUUCUUUCUCACCCUCCUGGGGGAUGAGUGCUUCCUGCUGGCUUUCAUGGCCUAUGAUCGCUAUGUGGCCAUCAGCAACCCACUGAGGUACUCAGUGGUCAUGAGCCGCCGUGUCUGCUGGCUCAUGGUGGCAGGAUCUUGGCUCUUUGGCCUGGUGGAUGGGUUGUUUCAGGCCAUCUAUACCCUGAGCUUUCCCUACUGUGGCUCUCAGGAGAUUGACCACUUCUUCUGUGACAUCCCUGCAGUGCUUAAGCUGGCCUGUGCAGACACAUCCAUUUAUGAGGCUUUGAUCUAUGUGUGCUGCAUCCUCAUGCUGCUCCUGCCCUUCUGUGUCAUCUCUGUCUCCUACCUGCUGAUCUUUGUAACUGUGCUCCGCAUGCGUUCUGCUGAAGGUCGGAAAAAGGCCUUUGCUACCUGUUCCUCCCACAUGGCAGUUGUCUCUCUCUUCUACGGGGCUGCCAUGAUUGCUUACAUGCGGCCCCAGACCUACCACUCCUCCAAGCAGGACAAGGUGGUCUCAGCCUUCUAUACCAUGAUUACCCCUAUGCUCAACCCACUCAUCUACAGCCUGAGGAACAAGGAAGUGGCUGGUGCUCUCAAGAAACUCCUGGAGAGGUGUCCAUGUGGUGGGGGACAGAAGUAG